GACGGUCAUACAGCUUUUCAACCACUUUGCCUCGAAAAAGUAGGCGUCGGUCAAUUCUAUCUUAGAGCGUCUGUCAUUGUGCUAAGUGUGCGCAGCGGAUAACUAAAAGUUACUCGUUUUACAUAUUUCCAAAAAAGAUCCCAAUCAAUCUACAGCAAAAUGUGUGAUGAAGAGGUUGCAGCUUUGGUGGUCGAUAACGGAUCUGGUAUGUGCAAAGCCGGCUUUGCCGGUGAUGACGCACCGCGCGCGGUCUUCCCCUCGAUUGUGGGCCGUCCACGUCACCAGGGUGUGAUGGUUGGAAUGGGACAGAAGGACUCUUAUGUGGGUGAUGAAGCGCAGAGUAAGCGUGGUAUCCUUACCCUGAAGUACCCCAUCGAGCACGGCAUCGUGACUAACUGGGACGACAUGGAGAAGAUCUGGCAUCAUACCUUUUACAACGAGUUGCGCGUCGCCCCGGAGGAGCACCCCGUCCUGCUGACCGAGGCCCCCUUGAACCCAAAGGCCAAUCGCGAAAAAAUGACCCAAAUCAUGUUUGAGACCUUUAAUACGCCGGCCAUGUAUGUGGCUAUCCAGGCGGUGCUUUCGCUAUACGCCUCCGGUCGCACCACUGGAAUCGUGCUUGACUCCGGAGACGGUGUUUCUCACACCGUGCCCAUCUAUGAGGGGUAUGCCCUGCCUCAUGCCAUCCUGCGUCUGGAUCUGGCCGGCCGCGAUCUGACUGAUUACCUGAUGAAGAUCCUUACCGAGCGCGGUUACAGCUUCACCACCACUGCCGAGCGCGAAAUUGUGCGUGACAUAAAGGAAAAGCUCUGCUACGUGGCCCUUGACUUCGAGCAAGAAAUGGCCACGGCUGCUUCCAGCUCGUCUCUAGAAAAGUCGUACGAACUGCCCGACGGACAGGUCAUCACCAUUGGAAACGAGCGCUUCCGCUGCCCCGAGUCGCUCUUCCAGCCUUCGUUCCUAGGCAUGGAGGCUUGUGGUAUUCACGAGACCACUUACAACUCGAUCAUGAAGUGUGAUGUAGACAUUCGCAAAGAUCUGUACGCCAACACCGUGCUAUCCGGCGGCACCACCAUGUACCCGGGCAUCGCUGACCGCAUGCAGAAGGAAAUCACUGCGUUGGCUCCGUCCACAAUGAAGAUUAAGAUUGUUGCCCCUCCAGAGCGCAAAUACUCUGUCUGGAUCGGUGGAUCCAUCUUGGCAUCGCUAUCUACAUUCCAGCAAAUGUGGAUCUCCAAGCAAGAGUACGACGAGUCCGGCCCCUCCAUUGUCCACCGCAAGUGCUUCUAAGCAGAAGCCGACUUGGGUGUGGUCGUGCUGCACCGAACACACCCAUUGCAGACGAAGGACGGGAAUCAAAAGUAUUGGGCAUAAGUACAUUAAUACCGGGAGCAGGCGCACAACAAUCCCGCUGCUUCCAAAAGAAUGCAUUCCAUCUACGUUUAUACACAAUUGUACACUUACGCAUAAGUCCAUUGUGUUCUAUUCGAAAUUCAAGUUGAUAUGCACAUUAGCAUUUAUAAGAUCGAUUCAUAUUUGGCAUUUUCUUUACUUCCAUGCAUUCCUACAUAUGUAUUAAAAUAAAACACCAUACCACUAAAAUACUUGUAACUGUUUCUUUAUAAUAAAGCAACGAAAAGAACUGAAAA